CCGGGUGCCGUUGCAGGAAAAGAUAGAGAGAGAAGUGAGGAGAGAGAAACAACAGAAAGAAGGUUUGAGAGAGAAAAAUCGAAGAGAGAGAAAUUACAAGGGGUCAACACGCCCGUUCUUGGGCUUCUCGACGCCAUGCUUUUAACCGUCAAAGGUGGCUAUUCUGCGUUUUCGUAAUUCUUAGAGAGAGAGAGAUUCAGAGAGAAAUUUCCAGAGAGAGAGUGAGCACGGAGGGGCCUGGUUUUCCAGGUCAAAACUCAAAGCGAAAGCAGCCCUACCUCAUUGAUAAAACCGCGUGAUUAACCAGGCUUUGGCGUCCUUUUGUUAUGUGGAACGGUUUGUAACCUCUCGGGCUUACCACCUCUGCAACCAUGUCGGACUCCGAUUCCUCUCAUGGCGGGGAUUACAGAUCUUUCCGCCAAAUCAGUCGAGAUAGAUUACUGCAUGAAAUGCUUCGUUCAACUAAAUCAGGGGAUUCAAAAUCAACUUGGAAGGUACUCAUUAUGGAUAAGAUCACAGUCAAAGUUAUGUCAUACUCUUGCAAAAUGGCAGACAUCACAGAAGAAGGCAUUUCUUUGGUGGAGGACUUGUACAAGAGAAGGCAACCACUGCCCUCAAUGGAUGCUGUGUAUUUUAUCCAGCCAUUGAAGGAAAAUGUUGUCAUGUUCCUGUCAGAUAUGUCAGGGAGGUGCCCUUUAUACAAAAAGGCACAUGUGUUUUUCAGUUCACCGAUUACAAAGGAUCUAGUUGCCAUGAUAAAGAAUGAUACCAGUGUUUUACCUCGCAUAGGUGCAUUGCGAGAGAUGAAUUUGGAGUAUUUUGCCAUCGAUGGCCAGGGUUUUACCACUGAUCAUGAGAGGGCACUUGAGGAACUAUAUGGGGAAAAUGUGGAGAGUUCUCGUAAAUACGAUGCCUGUUUAAACUCGAUGGCUGUCCGCCUUGCUACUGUAUUUGCUUCCAUGAGGGAACUUCCACUUGUGCGCUUCCGUGCUGCUAAGUCAUCUCUUGAUGCAUCCACACUGACAACAGUUCGUGAUUUAGUUCCGACAAAGUUGGCUGCUGCACUCUGGAACUGCAUUACCAAGUAUAAAUCCACAAUUCCAAAUUUUCCCCAGACUGAAACCUGCGAGUUGCUCAUUGUAGACAGAUCUAUAGACCAGAUUGCUCCUGUUAUACAUGAAUGGACAUAUGACGCCAUGUGCCAUGAUCUUCUAAACAUGGAAGGAAAUAAAUAUGUAUACGAGGUUACAACACAACAAGAAAAAAAGGAGAAAAAAGAGGUCCUUUUGGAGGAUCAUGAUCCUAUAUGGCUUGAACUCCGUGACUUGCAUUUUGCUGAUGCUAGUUUACGGCUGCAUGAGAAGAUGUCUAACUUUGUUUCAAAGAACAAAGCUGCACAAAUCCGUCAAGGCUCGAGAGAUGGAAGUGAAUUAUCAACAAGAGAUCUACAAAAGAUGGUUCAAGCUUUGCCCCAAUAUAGUGAGCAAAUGGACAAGCUUACCCUUCAUGUUGAUAUUGCUCAAAAACUCAAUGAGAAGAUCAAGGAAUUGGGGCUUCAGGAAGUUGGCCACUUGGAGCAGGAUCUUGUCUUUGGGGAUGCUGGGACAAAAGAAGUGAUCAACUUUUUGAGGCUGAAACAGGACGCCUCUCCUGAAACUAAGUUGCGUCUGAUGAUGAUUUAUGCUUCAGUUUAUCCUGAGAAAUUUGAAGCUGACAAAGGUGUCAAGCUGAUGCAGUUAGCACGUCUAUCACCUGAUGAUAUGAAUGCAGUCAAUAAUAUGAGAUUAUUGGCGGGGUCAGAUUCAAAAAAGUCCUCAGGGGGUGUAUUUUCACUUAAGUUUGAUGUUCAGAAGAAGAAGCAUGCUGCAAGAAAGGAACGAACCACUGAGGAGGAACAAUGGCAAUUAUCACGGUUUUACCCCAUGCUUGAGGAUUUGAUUGAAAAACUUGGAAAGGGAGAAUUGCCAAAGAAUGAAUACCCUUGCAUGAAUGAUCCCAGUCCAACAUUCCAUGGAUCUCAAGGUGGUGCAUCAGUCCGGUCUACGCAAGUUCAGCCUGCUCACUCGAUGAGAUCGCGAAGACCUGCAACAUGGGCCAGGCCUCGCAGUUCAGAUGAUGGAUAUNCUAGUGAUUCCAUUUUGAGGCAUGCGUCAAGCGAUUUUAAGAAGAUGGGCCAGCGCCUUUUUGUUUUUAUCAUUGGAGGUGCUACAAGGUCUGAGCUCCGUGCUGCUCACAAACUGACAACAAAACUCACGCGGGAAGUUGUGCUCGGUUCCUCCAGUCUUGAUGAUCCUCCCCAGUUUAUGACGAAACUUAAGUUGUUGAGUGCUCAAGACGAACUUUCUCUCGACGACCUUGUCAUAUAACUGAUCUACACAGCAGCACCAUUGAUUUGGAGAGCCCUUGCUAAGAUGCAAGUCACAAAUUCUCUCUCCUCUGUAACCCUAUGUCCCAUUCAAUGCCUGGUGCCUGCUUUCUGGACCUUCCCCUGUUGCAGCUUUGCUUCACAAGGUAUUAUGAACGCAAAUUGCAUCUAAAAGAUGCAUCCAUGCCCCCCAUCCAUAGAGAUCAAUUCUUGCAUUCCCCGCUGUUUUCGUGAUUGCAAUUAUUCCUUAUUUGGAUUGGAAAUCAGAUAUGUUUUCAUGUUGUAUAUAGGGUGAUAUAUCGUUGUGUAAGUUGAGGCCCAGAAUGGUUGGAACUUGGAAUAUUUUUUUGUGUAUAUUCAUUCCAGUAACAAUCUUUGGUGGAGUGUCUCGGAUACUAAUCCGGUUGUGUGUCAUUGGUAGCCUGGGGCCUCUCAAAUUGCUGCCUUUGUACUGCUUUUAUUAUUGCGAGACUGGCUUUAAUUUUUUGAA